GGAGUCCGUAAUAUUUGUCAGUCGUGUUUUGAGAAGCACUUGUGUUGGCUGUGUCAUUGUUCAAUUCGAUAUCGUGCGCGUAUUACGUGUUUACUUUCGAUAGUAAUUGUGUCCUGUUUGGAUAAUUUAAGCGGGCAGAUGGAGCUCUUGCGUUUUAGUGGGUACGGGUCCAUUGCACCUCACAGACUGACCCCCAAACUCUUCGCGUCACUUUCAGAAGUUGCCUCGGCGCGAGGUCUGUAAAAUGAUUUCCCAACAACAAGAAAAAGGUCACAUUGGAUAAGAAGUCGAGUAAGGUCGAGGCCCGUAACACGAGAAAAUUCUGUCGUAAACUCGACAUCCAUAGGUCGUAUCAGCUGAAGGAAACUAGUGCGCAUGCGUGGAACUAAUUCAGUGCCGCGUAGUUCAAUGACUCAUUAUACUAACAUUUCGCUUGGGAAACGCUAGUUGCGCCCGUUAUGCAAAUAUUUUGGUAAGAAGUGAUACAGUGAUAACAAAAUGACGCCGGGCGUAGAAGAUUCGUGUGUGACACAUUGUAAUAAUAACAUUGUACCGCUGUUGCCGAGAAAUUCAGUGCACUUGGAGUUUAAGAAUUUAACAUGCACGAUUUCAAUGAUUUCAAUGCAGAAGAUGGGAUUCGAAAAAAAGCAUAUCCUAAAAGGCGUGAAUGGAUGUUUCAAGCCUGGAGAACUGACGGCCAUCAUGGGUCCUUCAGGUGCUGGAAAAACUACUCUUCUUAAUAUAUUAGCUGGCUAUACAACUCAAGGCGCACACGGCGAGAUCAUAGUGAACGGAACAAGCUCGUGCGCAUCGAAAUCAGCUGGCAGAGGCGGCGCGCGAUACAUUCGCCAGCAAGACGACCUCCGGUUACAUCUAACUGUAUACGAAUCCAUGUCUCUUGCAGCGGCUCUUAAACUGGCCGACUUCUCAUCACACGAGCGGAAAGAGAAAGUGUACGAGGUCCUUUCGUUGCUAGGCCUCAGUGCGACGACACAGACAGUAUGUCGCGAUCUCUCCGGAGGUCAGAAGCGCAGACUUGCCGUUGCUUUAGAAUUAUUGUCAGAUCCAUCAUUAUUAUUCCUCGACGAACCUACUACGGGAUUAGACUCUGCAGCGUCAGCUUCGUUGAUCACAUUGCUAAGUGGCUUAGCGCGUGGAGGGAGAACCGUGGUAGCAACCAUCCACCAGCCUUCAGCGCUGAUCUUCGAGAAAAUUGACACAGUCUACAUGCUCUCUGCUGGGAAGACGUUUUAUUCGGGAUCAAGGUCAAAUCUGAUACCAGCGCUGGAAUCUGCUGAUCUACGAUGCCCACCUUACCACAAUCCCUCUGAUUUUCUAAUGGAAUUGGCGUCCGGCGAAUAUGACGUUGACCUCGAGAAAGCUGCCAAGACAAUGGAGAGAUUUAAGCCGGAACUGACAGCCACGCAAAGUGUCGAAAUACCAGUGAUAUCUACAAUACAUACCCCUAUAACUUUAGAUACAAAGAAAAGUAAAGAGAAAUCUCUGAAGGGCAACGCCAAAUACCAGCAAAACUGUUCCAAAAACAUGUACAGGCCAUCAGGUCCAUUUAGACAAACAUGGAUCUUAUUAUAUAGGAAUUAUUUAAUGACUACGAGAAAUUAUUCUCUGUUUAUGUACCGCGUGGCAGCACACGUAGUGAUAGCGCUAAUAUUCGGAUACCUCUACCUUGGAGUUGGAAGCGAAGCAAGCAGUGUCUUAGGAAAUUAUGUAUAUUUGUACGGGUCGAUGUUGCUCGUCGUUUACACUGGGAAAAUGUCUGUGACACUUUCAUUUCCCCUCGAGAUGGCGAUACUAAAAGGAGAAUACUUCAAUCGAUGGUACAGCUUAGGUCCAUACAUAUUUUCAAUACUUGCUGUGGAGUUACCAUUUCAGAUGAUAUCAUGUGUGUCCUACGUGGUACUAUCGUAUUGGUUGACUGACAAUCCUUUAGAGCCAAAUCGAGCUACUCUCUUCCUGGCUACUGUAGUUGCGACAUCACUUUGUGCCCAGGCCUGGGGUUAUUUCAUUGGAUCGACGACACCAACCAAGAUUGCUGUUUUCAUCGGUCCAGUGCUCGCGUGCCUCUUCUCAAUCUUUGGAUUCUGUUUGGCCUUAAGAGAUACACCAUAUGCUUUUCGAUGGUUGCAUCAUAUAUCUUACUUCCGAGCUGGAUUCCAUUUAGCUGUUCAUUCCGUAUAUGGGUUCAAUAGGACAAAAAUGCACUGUUCUAAAAUUUACUGCCACUACAUAACACCGAGUACCUUCCUCAAAGAAAUGGACAUGGCUGAUAUAGAUGUAGGUAGUAAUAUCGCUUUAGUACUUUCCACCACAGUGUUGAUGCACGUACUCACUUGUACCGCACUUUGGUAUAGAUUAAACAAAAGAUGAAUCAUUGUAUUAACAUUAAGGCUCAACCUUAAUGCGGGCUAAAGUUUAUAUUAUUUGCUGUAUUAUUUUUUGUACUUAUAAUGCCCGGUUUUUCUAAUGAUAGUUUAGUUUAUAAUAUGUGAACAAUGAGUUAGAUAAUUGACACUUAUGUCUAACUCGGCUGUCUAUGGUUCAAUUGUAUCUGAAAUUAAAAUAUGUAAACGACGUAAGUCUAGUGAAUUCCAAAACGUAGAGCUUAUCUACUUUAUUGUCUAUCAUUCUUUCUGUAACGAUGCUAAUUUCGUCCUUAUGUUUUUAAUAUUUUAUGUUAAGAGUAAUGAGAUUUAAAUUGUGUUUGUUCAAAGUCUUAGGUGGUGCUUUUUUUAGUCUAUUAAACUUUAGUAGCUAAUUUCUUGCCUUUAAAGUCCAAUACCAAUAUUAUAUAAUCCCUGGACAAGUGAACACCAUGAAAUCAUUGUUACUCUUAGAGUUGAUAGUUUAUCGCUCUUGCCUCAAAACGGUGACUGUCAUUUUAUUAUUUAACUUUUUUUAAGAUUAGUUAUUUAGUAAUAAUAUAAACAAGUAUUAGUACGUUAUUUAUUAUAUACUUGCCUUGAAAUAUUUCUCGUGUGUGAAGUGUGAAACCAAGGAUUUUUUACGAAACAACAGUACUAAAUUACGAAGUUAUAAAUCAGGCUUCCAAAUAAAAAUAUAAAAGUUAAUAAAUAGUAGUUUGACUAAACUUGGUGAAAUUCUUGCUAACACAUUUCUAAAGUCUCAAAUGUAUACCAGAGAAUGUAGUUUUAAGUAGAGGAUAUACUUUACUAAAUUGUAUGCUCUGUAUUUUGUCAUAGUAUCUUUCACUUAGGUGUAGGUGUAAGCUUUAAUAUAUAAAUUUAUAAAUGUAAUGUUAAGUGAUAACAGGUAGUAUAAAAAGUAAACUUUGCCUCAAAUUAGUUGUAACUUCGUGGAGAUAUUUCAGAAAUAUUAAAAAUAUAUAUUAAGGAAUAUCUAAAUAAUUUAUAAUUAAGUUAAUUGAAUGGUAAUUUCGGUGCCUUCCUAUUACUAGCAUCAAACCCGAAGUAAGAGGUUUAAAAAUAUGCCGUCAAAUAAAACACGAAAUAUAUAUGUAGUCACAUUCUAAUAAAAUCAGUGACAAAUGUAGAGCCUAAUGCUCAGUAUAUAAACCAUACUGUAAUUAAAAUUGAAUAGUACAAAUUAUAAUUGUAUUCAUUUGUCUUACAUGGGAUUCUCAACAACAACAACAAAAGUUUAUUUUUAAUAAAAACUGUCCACCCCAUGAUAUUAAGUUAUAAACAAAUAACAGCCCUUGUGGUAAUAUUUGUCUCAACAAGAGAUGUAUAAUAAUUAGACAAACUGAUGACUCUUGUUGAUACCACAUUGUAUUACGCGAGAUACUUAAAAUAAAAUAUUUUAUUUUUUUAA